GUUUGCUCGCUGAUAGAUUGAAAUGAACAGCUGAGAGCGAGCUUAGGGAAUAUAGCGCAGCGGAUUGACUAAAAGAAGAAACGAGUAAAACAUGAAAUAAUCGAGCGCAUAACAGAAGAAAUCUCACAGCAGGCACGUGUGCGCGCACGAUGCGUGUUUCAAAAAUAGCGAUGAUGAAGCGCGCGCUCAACGACACUGAGAGGUUUUCUUUAUAACGGUCUGUUUUCAACGAUGAUCACAUUUAUUAAUCGGAUGAUGAGAAAAUGCAGCAAAGCCUCCUCGACUGAUCCGAAGAUUGCGGAGACAAUAAAAAAACACACAGGACGACACUGAAUAUUGCGGCUGCACGAGACGAAAUGUGACAUCUCAGACACGCGCAUUGAAAGAUCGAUCACAACUGACGCUCGAAUCUCUUACGGUUUCAUCUCUUUUUCCACAUUCAUCAAGGCAGUGGUCUUGCCACCGAGUUUUUCUCACUAAGGUUUGUCCUGCUGUUUGAAUCCAGAUGGCAUUAUUUCAUGUGAUGAUCAUACUCCUCACUGGGCUGGAUGUGAGUUUGUCCCAAGAAGAGAAGCCGACUGUCCCACGGGGCUGCGGUUUUGGUCCGAGUCGACCCUUCACUCUUUUAUGUGACCUGGAUGCCAUGUGGGGCGUGGUGGUGGAGGCUGUAGCAGCGUCUGGUGUAUUAGCUGCUAUCCUGCUGGCGCUGGUGUUGCUGUGUCGGCUGCGCUCAGUCACCGAGGCACAGAAGCGGAGUGGCAUUGGAUUGAUUCUCCUGCUAUUGUUUGGUAUUAUCGGUCUGUAUGGGCUCAGCUUUGGAUAUCUUAUUGAGGCCAACGAGAGCCUUUGUGUGGUGCGCCGUGCCCUGUGGGGGAUGUUUUUCGCCCUAUGCUUUUCCUGCAUGUUAGCACAGGGUGUGAGGCUGCGCAGGCUCGCCCGUGAGUCUCGUACCCCAGGUGGGUGUACUCUCGUGGGAUUAGCGCUAGGGCUGACGGCAGUACAGGGUAUCAUCGCUGCAGAGUGGCUUCUCCUAACAGUGCUCAGGGAGGGUCACCCAGCUUGCCAGUACCAGCCCCUGGACUUUACCCUUGCCUGUUCCUACGUGCUGGCGCUCCUGCUAGCCGCUCUGGUAACCGCUGGGCUGGCACUGUGUGGGAAGACACGAAAGUGGCGGUGUAAUGCUGUAUGGCUUCUGGUCUCCUGCUCGUCGUCUGUUCUCCUGUGGGUGGCUUGGGUCGGCUUCUACAUCUACGGAAACCAAACGCUCGGCAAGUCUCCGGAGUGGGACGACCCGUCGUUGGCCGUGGCGCUGGUGGCACAGGGCUGGCUGUUGUUGCUCUGCCACGCUGCUCCUGAAGCUCACGCCUGUCUGCAAGCACCACCUCAGCCUUUGGCUCCAGACUAUUUUGACACGUCCCAAAAUUCUUCACGCAUGAGGGAGGCCAGUCUUGAAGAAGACAUCCCACUUUCACACAGGCAGUUUGUGGAGAACCAGGGAUAUGCUUUUGAUGAAAACACUGCAGGGUUAAGGAGCGGCAGCCAUCAUAAUGGCAGCACAGGGGCCAGACCCAGCGCACCGUUCAGAAGUAAUGUCUACCAACCUACUGAGAUGACCAUGAUACUGAAUGGAGGAGCAGUUCCAUCUGCCCCUCCCACAUACACAGGAAGACAACUCUGGUAGAGGAGAAGUAUUGGAGGAAGAUUGGAAACGGAAACACGACGUACGAUCAUGAACUACAGUAAAAAAUCCCUAAAGUGAAGGACGUUUAGUUUGGCACAAUGUCCACUGGCUACCAGCACUGCUGUGUGUGUGUGUGUGUGUGUGUGUGUGUGUGUGUGUGUGUGUGUGUGUGUGUGUGUGUGUGUGUGUGUGUGUGUGUGUGUGUGACAGGAGUUUGCUAUAGCAGAACAAAUCCCUGAUCCAGUCAAUCAAACAACUGAUUGUGAGUUAGUAAACUAAUAUAUUGAUGCAGUUCAAGUGUUUUUUAUUAAAAGAAACACAAGUUUUAUGAUGGUAACUUAAUAAGGAACUGUUAAAUAAUACAUGGUAUGAAUAGAAAAGACUGAUAGUCUGACUAUCAAACUACCUAUCAGAUGUGUCUUCUAACAUCACUGAAUGACACAAUAACCUGCACAAAUAUAAGAAAAACAGCUUUAUAACAACUAAUCAUCUAAAAUAAUUAACCAAAUAAUGUUAAGAAAGAAAUAAUUCAAAUCAUAUGCCAGCAAUUUAAUUUUCUAAAUUCACUCACUAUCGCCAGCAAAAAAUAAAAUAAAAUAAAGUGGACCCUGGUGGUAAACAGAAAUAUUAACCUCAAUUGUGCCAUUAAGUAGUAAACCGCUUUAGGUUUUUUAUGAGCUCAUCCCAGAUCAGCUGUUUGUGUUCAAAAGAAAGUGAUGUUUGUAAACAUACAUGGUGGUAUAAUGCGGCAGGCACCUGUAUAUAACUGAUCUCUGUGUCCGGAUGGUUUUUAUGAAGUGUAUUUAACUGCUGUCACUGCAUUAUCAGAGAUCUUUACUGUUGUGAUCUGGUUACUUCAUUUUGUUUUCAUAAUUCUGACAGUUUUCUCUACAGUGAAGAUGUUGUUAGUCAGUUGUUUUCUUUAAAGCUGCAAUCCGUAACUUUUUUUGGAUAAAAAUAAAAACGAGUUUUUAAGCAAGUAAACAGUCAUCGUUUAAAACGUAUAAAAUAUAAUAAUGAUGUGUUCUCACGUUCAUGAUUUAUACGUUGAGCUGCGGGGUCAAGUUUCCGCACAUGUAAACAUAAGUAAUCUGCAAUUUUAUGUUUCAAACAGAGAUGGCGAUAGAGAAGUUAUGAAUUGCAGCUUUAAAUAUAAAGUGAAAAUGUGUGUGGUUGCUGUUUGCUCCUAACACUGUAUCUUUCUGAAAGAGACCUUGUGUCCUGCUUACCGUAUUAAACAGUUUAAUGGUAGUUUUCACACCACCAAACUUUUUCAUUACUACUUCAACCCAAAAUCCGAGGCAAAGUUUGAUUUCUGCACGUUGGUCUGUUUUGUCAUGUAUUAUUGACUCUGAAUCAUUGUACAAUAUGUUUGUGUCAUAAACCUCACUGAUAGCACCUGCUAACCACUGGUCAGGAGAGAAGUUGGAGUCACUGUGUUUUGUGCAUAUAUACGUUGAACAGGGCCACCACUAGAAUUCAUGGUGUCAAGGACAAAGUUAAAAGGUCCAUCUAUGGAAUAACCCUCAUACAUUCAUCCAGCAGUGAAGAUGCGUUUUAAGAUUAACCACACACACGGCUGUAUUGUAAGAAAUGUUACAGCAGCGGGCUGCUAUACAAAGACACAUUAUUGCAGAUACAUAAUUAAUAGCUUUAAUUUUGUGAGUUACAAUGGAUUCCUUUUAAACUGCUUUUGGCCCAGACCUAUUGAUUUUGAUUUAGUGUACAAGAAGCAGAAGUAGUAAAGUGGUGUACACCUGACUUUGAGAAAGUAUAUAUAUAUAUAAAUAAAUAAAAAAAUAUAUAUAUACAUA